AGGUGCUGGACUCUGUGACAGCGGGUACCCUGGACAGACAUGGCACUGGCCGAGGAGCUGUAUAGCACCCCGGCCGCCAGGCUGGACUCCUUCGUGUCUCAGUGGCUGCAGCCCAACCGUGAGUGGAAAGACGAGGUGCUGGAGGCGGUGCAGACGGUGGAGCAGUUCCUAAGAGAGGAGCACUUCCAGGGGGAGCGCGGUCUGGACCAGGUGCGGGUGCUGAAGGUGGUCAAGGUGGGCUCCUUCGGGAAUGGCACGGUGCUCAGGAACACUACGGAGGUGGAGCUGGUGGUGUUCCUGAGCUGUUUCCGCAGCUUCCAGGAGGAAGCCAAGUACCACCAAGCCGUUCUGAGCCUGAUCUGGAAACACAUGUGGCGCUGCCAGGACCUACUGGCCCUCGGGCUCGAGGACCUGAGAGUGACCCAGGGAGUCCCCGAUGCCCUCGUCUUCACCAUCCAGACCAAGCGGACCAUGGAGCCCAUCACCGUCACCACUGUGCCUGCCUACAGGGCCCUGGGGGCUUCUGUUCCCAACUCUCGGCCACCCCCUGAGGUCUAUGCGAGUCUGAUCCAGGCUCACAGGUACCCCGGAAUGUUCUCUCCAUCCUUCAGCGAGCUGCAGAGAAACUUCGUGAAACAUCGGCCGACGAAGCUGAAGAGCUUCCUGAGGCUGGUGAAGCAUUGGUACCAGCAGUAUGUGCAAGCCAGGUGCCCCAGGGCCAACCUGCCCCCUCUCUAUGCUCUCGAGCUACUAACCAUCUACGCCUGGGAAAUGGGGACCCAGGAGAGUGAGCAGUUCAGGCUGGACGAAGGCCUCGCCACGGUGAUGGAAUUGCUCCAAGACUAUGAACUCCUCUGCAUCUACUGGACCAAGCACUACACCUUCCAACAUCCAGUUGUCGGGGACUUUGUCAGGAAACAGCUCAAGAAAAAGAGGCCCAUCAUCCUGGAUCCAGCUGACCCCACCUACAACGUAGCAGAAGGAGGCAGAUGGGACAUAGUCGCUCAAAGGGCCUGCCAGUGCCUGAAACAGGACUGUUGCUAUGACAGCGGCGAGAACGCAGUCCCCAGCUGGAAUGUGCAGAGAGCCCGAGACAUCCAGGUGACAGUGGAGCAGUGCGGUUACUCAGAUUUCACCAUCAGGGCCAACCCUUACGAGUCCAUAAAGAAGAUGAAAGAGAAAAUCCAGCAGAGCUGGGGCUUCUAUGGCCUGCAGCGCCUGUCCUUCCAGGAGCCCGGUGGUGAGCGGCAACUCCUCAGCAGUCGCUGCACCUUGGCCCACUACGGGCUCUUCUCUGACACCCGCAUCUACCUGCUGGAGACCAUCUCCCCUGAGAUCCAGGUCUUCAUAAAGCACCCUGACGGUGAGAGCCACGCCUAUGCUGUCCACCCCAAGAGCUUCAUCCUAGCCCUGAAACAACAGAUCGAGGACAAGCAGGGGCUGCCCGUGCAGCAGCAGGAGCUGGAGUACCGAGGCCAAGUACUGCAGGACUGGCUGGACUUGAGACACUACAGCAUCCAAGAUAGCAGCACCCUCACCCUGUCCGAGAUCAAAGCAGGAAGGCCUCUGUUUCCAUCCAGGUAGUGUCCCCUGAGAGCCCCUGGGUGCAUCUCUGCCAUCUAACCCACAAUGCAUCCCGCCAACCACUCCUUCCAGUUCUCUCCUGGAGAAACCCUGUGUCUUCACCAGAUUUAAACCAAAUUACCCUAGCCUUGCCCACAGGGGCAUGAGGAGGACUGUGAGAGACUCAGAGGACAAAGGGACAAUGGCCAGAUCCUCUGUCGCAAGAGAAUCCUGACCCACAACUUUCGCAACAAUCAGGCUGGAAAAGCAAAUUGCAACCCUGACAACGACCGACUCCAAACCAUCAGGACUUGGUUAAUAACCUGCCAGUUUUUCUAAUUCCCCACCCCACCCCACCUUGCUUCCAAUUUGGGGCCAACUAGAGAAAGACAAACACGCUUCCCGUACUUAAUCCCGCUUCUAGCUAACCAGCGCCACCUUCCGACGCCAACGGCAAUCAGGGCCCACUGAAGGCUUCCUGUUUUCCGCUAUCAAGCUUUCCCAUUCCCCUGCCUGCCUCUGAGCCUGUCAAAGGCAAGGGAUGGGGGCUGGUUCCUCUGCUAUAGAAAGUGAGAAUAAAUAGCCUUUGUUUGUUCUCA